UUCCAGAAACACAUCAGCCCAUCAUGAAUUUGGAGAAUGAAGACCUGAUACGAAAGUUAAAUGAAAACUAUGGCAGCCAACUAUUUACCCUUGAUGGUUGUUUAAAGCUGAAAGAGCAGUUUGAUCGUGAGACGAAGACAAUCACAGAUGAAUUAGAUUUAAGUAGUGAACACGCUACUGUUGCAAUUACCUUAAGAAAUGCUGCAGAUCACUGCCAAAUUAUUGCAAAAACAUUGAGCGAUGGCGAAAGUUGUCUUGAGAAAGUUCGGAUACACUUGGAGGAGGUGGAUGCAGUCAAGGCAGAAUUGGAAGCAUACUUUGAGAAGCUGAAUGUAUUGGAAUGUACGGCACAGUAUCUUAAAGUUAUACAAAGCAUUGAGGACUUAUGUGACCAGCUGGAAGUGCACUUAAAAAGUAACGACGACGAACUGUGCACCACAGCUUUUGCUAACAUCACUGAAAUCGCACGCCAUUUAGCAGAUACGCCAGCCAUUCACUUGCGGAGUUACAUAAAAGCGAAAGUGGACUACUGGUUUGGGAUUUUGCGGAACAAACUAUCACAAGAUCUCGAUCAUGUACUGAAAGCAAUACAUUGGCCAUUUGUUAAUGCCAAUUUAAGUAUAGAAGCUCCCGGUGAGGGCAGUUUAAGGAAGUUGCAACUAAUUGUCGAGUACCUGCUGCAAAUCGAUUUGCCUGAAGAGCUAGUAACCCCGCUGCAUCCUCACGGCUUGCUGUCGAAUUUUUUACCACUGAGUUUACCCAUUGAGUUAAUGAUUGCGCCGCUUAAAAAAAGGUUCUUGUUUCAUUUCUACGGUUCGAGAAAAACAAAUCGUAUUGAUAAACCAGAAUGGUAUUUUACAAAGAUUCUUUCAUGGAUAAGGGAUCACAGUGGUUUUGUCGACAAAUGGCUACAACCCGUUGUAGAUAAAAUGGGAUUGUACCAUAUCGAAGUUAAGACUGAAUUAAUGAGGGGUCUCGUGCAAAUGGCUGUAGAAAAAUUAUACGGCGAUUUGCCAACCUUACAAUAUGAUGACUUUGCCUUCUCUCAUUGUAUCGAUGAGGCCUUGGGAUUUGAUAAGGAGCUCAAGAUGAAUUACGAGUAUCCUCAAAAUCAACCGAAUAUUCUGCUUGUUCUUACUCAGGCGCAAGUUUUUAUCAAGUGGAUGGCAAUGGAGAAAAAGUACGCCUUAGAGAAGAUGGACGCCAUGCUCUCAGAUUCCCUUCAGACCGAAAUCGUGAUGGAACCAAGCGAGAUUGAAGAAUUUAAAAUAAUGCCUUUCGCCGAGAUUUUUAUAACGUUAUUGCAAACGAUUACGGAACGUUACGAGGGGCUACCUCAGCCUGGUCACCGCUUGCAAUUUUUAGAAUUGCAGCUAGAGCUUUUGGAUGAUUUUCGUGUCCGUUUACUGCAACUGGGAAAUGCCGAGAAUGGUGAAGGUAUAGACUCGAAAAUUGCUAUCAUUGCUAAUACAACGCACUACAUUGAAAAUGUACUAGUAGAUUGGGGCCAAAUGUUGCAUUUUCUAAAUUUAUACUAUUAUAAAAAUCAGAGCGAGAUUACUAAAACACGGAAUUUACUCAGUUCGGAGUUAGAUAAUUCCCUAACCGACGUCGAUACAGACACAGUUUUCGUAGAAAUACUUUCACUUUAUCGGCACAUGAAAAAGGACUUGUUAUAUGCUUUGGUUGAUUCAACUGUUUUAAAGGCACGUUAUUGCAGCAAGAAUUACCGACGAGAGAGUUGGUCACGCAUGACAAUAAUGAAGGACAUGAGAAGUUAUUCACUGACUCCAUCCGCCUGUCCUAUGUUCGAAUUGCUUGGAACGAAACUCCAUCAGUUUAAGAAAUAUUUAACUGUCAAGCUAUUCAUAGUAGUUUGGAGAUUAGUCGCCCAACAAAUUGACGUAUUCCUGUAUGAAAAAUUAGUUUUAGCCAAUACUUUUAAUGAAGGCGGAGCCAAACAGUUCAAGUUUGACACAAUGAGGAAUUUACUACCCCUGUUCGCCCAAUAUACCGAUAAACCGGAUAGUUAUUGCACGCAUUUAAACGAAGCAUGCAUUUUACUCAACAUUACCCAAGGGUCUGCGCUUUUAUUAAAGGACAUGCUGACUGCUUUGGAAGGCGCCACUGGGGUCGAGGAUAAGAGAGGUCAAGCUCUCAAAGAAAUUGGUGUGUGCACUCUUGGACCGCAUGAGUCAUUAAAAGUUUUGAGUCAACGUACUGAUAUAGGAGUGCCAAGGGUAUCUUCCAUUGAUUAGUUUAAUGUUGGUUACUGUAAAAAAGUUUAAUGUUAUAUUUUCACGUAAUAUAAAUUGAUCAUUCCCAU